CUCUCACCCGCUCGCGCGUGGCUCUCCCGUCUGUUCAAGACUCUUCCUUUUUUUUUUGUCCCUCUUCUUUUUCCGCCGCCCUCCUCCUUCCAUCCGCAUAUUAGCACAAAGGAGGCCCUCACCCUCCUCUUGUCUGUCUUUGCUGAGCCCUAGACAGCACAAUUCCCCUCCUUAUUUCAUUUCAUUGCUUUGUCUGUGUGUGCUUGCCUUGUGCACCAGUCCUCUUCACUUCUUUGAUAAUUUAUUAUAUUUUUUUGGGGCCAAUUUUCCAGUAGUCGCGUACCCUAGACGGAAAUCCUAGGCUUGCGACGCGCAGUGUUGCAAAACUUGACCUGCUAUCUUGUUCAUUUUGCAAAAGGUCAUUGGCGAUUCCUUGGGGAGAUCUAUAUCUUUGUCCAACAACCGACCUGCACGCCAUUUUCGUUUCGAUAAUUCUCGACUAAUUUCGCUCGACUCCAAUUGUUUACCUGCCGCCACCCCGCUGCCUCCACCGGCACAGGAACAGUACAGGCUUGGAACGGGCAAUUUACCAUUAUAUCGCCGUGUCGAGGGUCCCCCUUCACUACUCCACUGCUUACUGGCAACAUUGAAAAUAUCCACCCCCCUUUUUUUUAUAUUAGCGGCGCACCUAGACGGUGCACACUAGCGACGCAACCACUCUCGCAUCCAUUCGCUUGAAGCAAUUGGACUACUUCCCCCUCUCCGGGCUGGACUCGACGCCUCUCAUUUCACCCAUCAUCAGAACAAACAUACUAGAACCAAGGCAGCGCCUCAGCGACCACGGCUUGCAACGCAGGCUGGACCCCAGUAUCCACGAUCACCAACGUCCCGCAAAGUCACGCUUUCAGAAUUCAAUCUCGUCACUGCAUUCGUCCCUUGGCUUCCCGCACCUCCGAGGUCUCGCUUGAGACUUGACGUCUUCCAUAGAGUCGUCCCUCACAAUGUAUUCCCAUCCACACAACGCCGGCGUCGCCGCCGCGCCCCAAAAACCCGAAACAUUCAUGCUCAGCACAGAAGCGCAACAAGCUUUACCACACGAUGCACAGGUCGCUCUCCAACAAGUCGAUAAUCUGAAAUACUUUCUCAUCUCUGCUCCCGUCGAUUGGCAACCCGACCAGUACAUCCGCAGGUUUCUGCUACCAACCGGUGAAUACGUCUCUUGCGUAUUAUGGAACAACCUCUUUCACAUUUCUGGUACAGAUAUUGUACGAUGCCUGUCGUUCAGGUUUCAAGCCUUUGGUCGACCUGUCAAGAACUCCAAGAAGUUUGAGGAGGGUAUCUUUUCAGAUCUCCGCAACCUGAAGUCUGGCACAGACGCCUCCCUCGAGGAGCCCAAGAGCCCUUUCUUGGACUUCCUGUACAAGAACAACUGCAUCAGGACGCAAAAGAAGCAAAAGGUCUUCUACUGGUAUAGCGUACCACACGACCGUCUUUUCCUCGAUGCGCUCGAGAGGGAUCUCAAGAGGGAAAAGAUGGGCCAGGAGGCCACCACCAUGGCCGUCAGCGAGCCGGCUCUGUCUUUCCAGUACGACUCGUCGCAGUCGCUCUACGAGCAAUUGACCAAGGCCCAACAAGCGAAUUCGUCCUCCUUCAACGCUCAACAGGUUUCCUUCCCCCCAUCGCAGUCCACUUCCCCUGUCAUGAGGGCGAUGGACUCGAUGCCCCCGCCGCCCCAGAUGAUGCCGCAGCCAAUGCCCCAAUCGAUGGCCCCUUUAGCGGAUGGCCUGGACGCCAUGGUACCCUAUGCCGCGAUGGGGAUGGCUCCGGGGAUGCCGCCCCAGCCGGCAGUCAAGAGGGAGCCGGACUUUAACCGCGUCCAGUACAACCAGAACGGAGUCCCGAUCAACCAGGGUCACCAGCGCCACGCCUCGAUGCCCGCAUACGGUCUCGAGUACUCUCCCGCGCCUUCUUUCGUGUCAUCACACUAUGACGACUACGGCAACAGGGGAAUUUCUUUCGAGCCUCUCACACCUCCCCAGCAAGCAAUGGGUAUGGGUGCUGAGCCUGCUUACAUUGCCAACGAGGAAACUGGACUCUACACUGCUAUCCCUGACCACAUGAAUGGUGUCAACGGCUUAAACGGUAUGAUCCAGUUGCCUCCGUCCAACCUGGCUGGCCCUCAAUUCACAAGGUCCUAUGGGUCAAACAAUGUUUACUCUGUGAUUGAGGGCUCGCCAACCUACAAGCAGAGGAGAAGACGCUCAUCAAUCCCGCCAGGCAUGUCGGCCAUCGCAGCAGCCACUGCUGCUGCCACCGCCGCCCACAGGCCAUCGGACCUGCGUCGAUCUGUGUCAGCAUCCGUCGGUCCCGUUGCCGAGGGAGACGAGUCGCUCGACAACUCGCCCCCAGGACUCAUCUACAGCAACCAGCCCAUGUCAAUGGCAAACCACCAGAGGGAAGCUAUGGAGCAAAUGUCGCGCCACGGAACUCCUCUCUCCACGGUGGAAGGCAGCCCUGGCAUGCACAAUGUCAACCUUGAACAACAACAAUACCCCAUGCCCUCUGAGGAUAUGACCAGCCCUAUGGACGACCGCAGCAGGCCAAUGGCCCAAGGCGGCCCAAGUGUUGUCCGCAGGGCACGCUCGGCAACUGUCAUGGGCAGCGAAGUCGGCCCCUACCCGCAAAAGUCACACUCGUGCCCGAUCCCGACCUGUGGUCGUCUCUUCAAGCGCCUCGAGCACCUGAAGCGACACGUGAGAACCCAUACACAAGAAAGACCCUACAUCUGCCCUUAUUGUAGCAAGGCGUUCUCCCGAUCAGACAACCUAGCACAGCACAAACGCACGCAUGACCGGGCCGACGGUGGUGAGGGACUUAUCCUGUCCGGCGAGGACGAGGAAGAGUACUCGGGCGACGACCACCUCGGUUCUCUGGAGGAAGCCUCCCCGACCUCCGAGGGUGGAUACGUUACGUCGUCACUCAACUCGGCUAUGGCUCACAGCAACACAUCGCAGCACCCUGGCUCAAACGCUGUCAGCCCCAACCCCGGGCCCAUGAGCCAUGCGCCAACAUACAACUCGAUGCAGACGCUCAUGCAGCCGAUGCAAAUGAGCCAACCUCAACCCAUCAAUGCCGGUGGCAUGAUGUGAGCUUGCUUAUUUGAUUCGCGGAUUGGUCGGCUUUGACCGAAACACCAUAUUUAUUCUUUUUCUGUUGUACAAUAGGGGACUUUGCUGUCAUACGCAGCUGGCUAUUAUAUGAGCGACGCUUGGGGUGGGAUUUUCUGAUGUUCGGCACUAACUACAUUUGGGGGGCGUUCUUCUCGAUAUGAGAAUGUCAAACGGUGGUUUUUUUUUUAUUUUUUUUUCUUUCUCGCCUUAUCUUUUUCUUCGAGUUUUCUUCACCCAUUUACCGGCGCCUUGACCGUUUUGACACAUUUAUAUCUUUUACAUUUUUAUGAGGUUUUGUUUCAUUCUUCUCUACAGAGCCUUUCUAUUUCUUGUGUUCAGUGGCAUAAAAUCACAAAAUCUUUAGAAAGAUCACAGAAAACCUUUUGUCCAACUUCUUGAGUUCUUAUCCUGUUUGAUUUCACAUUCCACAGCUGCACUAUUAUAAGACCCGCAAAAGCAUAGGGCGGAAACAAAAAAAGGGGAAGCAGCCCUAGGGGCAAGCUGACUCUUGCGUUGCAUCUCUUUUGUAUAUACGAGUUGUUCGGAUUGCAAUCCUCGAUGUCUUUGUUCAGUUCAUCUUCUAGUUUCCUGUGUUGAGCUUAGUGAGUGCUUCGGAUGCUUUAUGAUGCAGAGGAGCUACGUUCAGGUGUGCGUUGCUUCUACCUGUCAUUAAUGUUGUCUUCGGAGUUGGAUGAGGGAUGCAAGUCGCAAGGGGUAUCUUGUUUUUUUCUACAUUACUCAACUCACCUGUUUUGCAGCUGUCAUAUCUUCUAUCAUUGCCUGGUGGGAAAGCGAAGAUGUUGUGUGGUUUAUUCGGGACAUGUUAAUACCUUUACGGGAGCGUGAAUUGUCUUUAGGAAAUCCCAACAGUCUAUGUUAGAAACAUUCCAAAAUCUGACUGUCCGAUGAUUCCAAAG